AUGACGCAGACGCUCAUUCAAUGGAAUAGCCGGGGAUACCGUCGCAACUAUAGCGACCUCCGGGCAAUCCUCCAGGAGCAGCAUCCACUCUGUGUAUGCAUCCAGGAGACAAUGCUCGGAAACCUUACUCCGACCCCCCCGCAAAACUACAACAUAGAGACCUUCUCAGACUCCCCCAACCCCAGACCCGGAACCGGACUCCUGAUCCUCGUCAGGCGUGACGUAGCGUUGCUCAGACUACCGAUCACCUCCCAGCUACAAGCAAUGGCCGUCCAAACAAACAUAAAUAAUAAAAUCCAUACAAUUUGCAAUUUUUAUAUACCACCGGGACACAGACUGACCCUAGCGGAUGCGGGACCUGCACGAGCAGCUGUCGCGACCCUUCCUAAUCCUCGGAGACUUCAAUGGCAAGCACACUGCAACUACAUUAUAGAUCAAAUAGGGAGGACUAUUGAACACUUUAUAACAAACUGCAACAUCUGCCUCCUGAACACGGGCGAAACCACCCACCUGCAUGUACAGACGGACACAACAUCAGCCAUCGAUCUGAGCCAAUGCACACCCGACAUCGUCAACAACGCCCGUUGGUCGGUGAUGAGUGACACGUAUGGCAGCGACCACUUCCCUAUACACAUUGACUUUACGAUCCACCAGCCCUUACCCACAGAGCCCAGAUACAUCAUGAAAAGAGCCGACUGGAAGACCUUUAGAGCACUAACCCGCAUGCCUGAACCAGAACUAGACUUACCAGUAGACGAAAUGACAAGAGACUUCACAGACACCAUCCGAAUGGCAGCGAAUGUAGCGAUUCCCCGCUCCAAAGGUGGAGCUGUCCGUCACCGUGUCCCAUGGUGGAACGAUGACUGCGCUCGCGCAAACCUAGACAGGAAACGAACCUUACGCCGUUUUCAGCGCACUGGCAACAUUGCCGAUAAAAUAGCAUAUAAAAGAGCAAGAGCAAUCGCCCAAUACACUAAAGAUACAGCUCGGAAAGAAUCCUGGAAACGAUACGUCUCCUCAUUGAACUCUGAAACCCCUAUGUCCAAAAUUUGGCAACGCAUCCGGAAGAUCGCUGGAAGACCGGGCCUCACGCGGCCCUGUCUGAGGAUCAACGGCGCGCCGACGACGGACCCGCAGGUAGUGGCUACAGAACUGGCCCGAUAUUUCGCUGAUAUUAGCAGUGGACAACACUACCCUCGCCCGUUCCUCUAUCUCAAACACCAACAAGAACAGCAACAUCUUGACUUUAGAACGGACCACCAAUACUCUUACAACGAUCCAAUCACCUACCUGGAAAUCUUCAACGCACUGCAACAAUCCACAAGGAAUACCAGCCCAGGACCGGAUGGCAUCCACAAAAAGGUGUUAAAGAAGAUGCACCCUACAGCAAUCACAGCCCUGCUUGCAAUAUACAACAAAAUCUGGACCUCGCACUCAUACCUAACACAAUGGCGAACAGCCACUGUCCUGGCCUUCCUCAAGCCUGGUAAACCCCCGUCUGAAACAUCCAGCUACCGUCCAAUCGCCCUGACUAGCUGUGUGGGUAAAAUCAUGGAGAAAAUAGUCAAUAACAGAUUAAUACAGCACUUGGAAUCUCAACAGUUAAUCUCUCCCGUGCAAUACGGUUUUCGACCUCUCAGAGGCACCACCGAGGCACUCAUCAGGCUGCAAAACCACAUUGUCAACAACAAUACCGAAGGAAAACACACAAUAUGCGUUUUCUUUGAUAUGCAAAAAGCAUACGACACCACAUGGCGACACGGAAUCAUGCAAUUUAUCGACAGGAACGGAAUCAGGGGCAAUAUGGCACAGUUCAUCCAAGAAUUCUUACGACGGCGCUCCUGCAGAGUGAAGGAGGACACAUCUCUGUCACCCCUGCAGCCGCAGACGCAGGGGGUACCGCAGGGUAGCGUGAUAAGUUGCACACUUUUCUUAAUGGCAAUUAAUGAUAUCACCACCGCCUUACCUCCGAACGUACAAUCAUCACUCUACGUUGAUGACUUCAUGAUCUACGCAUCAUCCAGAUACCUACCGACCCUCACGCGCAAAAUACAGAUUGCCAUUAACCGCGUUAACCAAUGGACAACAACUCAUGGGUUCUCCUUUUCCAACGAAAAAACGACGGCUAUACACUUCAAACGUGCACGCUCCAUCGAACAGCCUCCUCAACUAUCCCUUCAAGGCAGACCGAUUAUCAUAUCCCAAACUGCUAAAUUCCUCGGGAUGACCUUCGAUUGCAGGCUCUUGUGGAAGCCCCACGUACAGGCUCUGAAAGGCGGAUGCCUAAAGAGAAUGAACCUGCUGAGACACGUGGCCGGCCUGACAUGGGGAGCCGACAGACUAACCCUGUUACGCCUCUACAGAGCCACAAUCAGAUCUAAGUUAGACUACGGCUGCAUCAUAUACCAAUACGCUAAUAAAGCAACACUAUCUGCACUGGACUCCGUCCAUCAUUCAGCUAUACGAAUAUGCACCGGAGCCUUUAGAACAUCACCUGUCCUCAGUUUACAUGCAGAGAGCGGUGAACCUCCACUCUACCUUCACCGAGUACAGCUCACUCUACAGAUGAUAGCCCGCCUCAAGCAACUACCUCAAUCCCCAACAUGGCGCAGCGUUAUAACUGAAGAUCAACCAAACAAUUUUCCAUACAAUAUCCCGUCAUCCGAAGACUAUGAAACACUGCUUGCAACAACGCAGGCUCAUACGAACGGCGCAGUGGGAUGUGCAGCUGCGGCCGGCGCAGCGGUGGUGUCAAGGAGACUCAGUUCAAGCUCGUCAAUCUUCGCCGCUGAGCUCGUCGGUGUCAGCUGUGCCCUUAGCCUCAUAGACCAACUGCCCGGAGACGACUUUACAAUAUUUGUAGACUCCAAAAGUAUGGUGCAAGCUUUGAGAGCUUAUAAUAGCAGGCACCCCAUCGUCCGGGAGAUCCUAACCGGGCUGCUGCGCCUGGCGGGGACGGGGAGAGCGGUGAGCGUCUGCUGGGUGCCCGGACACGUGGGGGUGCGAGGCAACGAGAGGGCGGAUGAGGCGGCGGUAAACGCCGCCUCUUCGGACCAGGCGAUCCAUAGCGAUCAAGUCCCUAGCCGGGACCACUACCCUAUCAUCAAGGCAAGCAUCCGCCAUAUCUGA